GCUUUUUCGUGUUAGAAAAGUUCAACUAGUGUUACUGUCAUUAGUGUCAAUUCAUAUCAUUAUGAUUGAGGUUAUUCGUAAAAUAAAAUAAUGAGUUAAAUCUUUAUUUUUAUGCGUCAUAUUUGAUAAAGUCUCUCCCAAAAUGACUUUAGCUACAUUACGUUUAAACUUUAUACGUGGCUUAAUUAAAAAUGCAACUUGUACUGCGUUACUUCAGAGGCCCUUGGGAUACAAGAGCUCCAUAUCAUUGGAAACCCUCUAUCCAAAUAGUUCUUUGAAGCUCACCACUCCUGCAUUUAAACCUGAUGGUAAUGAAAAAUUCUCAGGAUUCAUACCGAUACAGAAACUGGAUAUAUCAUACAGUGCCAGCUCUGGGCCAGGAGGUCAGAACGUAAACAAGGUUCAUACAAAAGUCGACUUAAGGUUUAAGUUGAGUGAUGCUGACUGGAUACAUCCCGAUAUUAGACAGAGAAUGCUUGAAUUGUAUGACAAGAAGCUGACAAAAGAAGGGUAUUUGAUCAUAAAAUCAGACUGCACUCGGUCUCAACAGCUCAACUUGGCUGAUUGCAUGCGGAAGCUACGCAAUAUGAUCCGAGAUGCUGAAGUCACAAAACGUGAACCUUCACCGGAAACUCAGGAAAGGAUAAGGCAGAGGCAGUUAAAAGCGGCGAGACUACGCGUGGCCAUCAAACGCGAAGAUUCAUUGAAGCGCUCCUUGAAACAACCUCCUACUGUUGUUGAUUUAUGAUUUUUCUACUAAUUGGGCAUACAUGAACGCUGGCCACACAGUCCUGUGUGUUAGAGCGAGAUAGGAAAUAGUGUUGUUUUGUGACUUUGUCACUUUAGAAUUUGAAGUAAACUGUCGUAUUAUAAUUAUUAAAAGUUUUAAAAUUAUAA